CCAGGGCGAGAUGGCUACCCGGGUCCUCUGGGUGUGGAUGGUAAGCCUGGUCCUCCUGGUCCUAAAGGCAGUCAGGGGAUGCCAGGGCCAAAAGGAGAUAAGGGGGAUCAGGGAGACGUGGGGCCCAGGGGCCCUCCAGCACACGCUGCCUCCGCUGGCCUGCUCAGUAAUCAGAUUCUUACAGUCAAGGGCGAUCAGGGUCAGGCUGGGCCUCCAGGACCCCCAGGGCCUCCUGGACCAUCUGGCCCCAGAGGGCCCCCAGGAAACAUGGGCAGAGACGGACCCCAAGGCCACCCAGGAGAGCCGGGUCUUCAUGGCAAGGAUGGGAACGAGGGUCCAAGAGGGCCACCUGGCAUAAAGGGUGAUGUUGGAGAACCUGGAAUGACUGGACUUCAGGGUCCUCCAGGGCUAAAGGGAGACCAAGGUGAGCAAGGUGGUGAGGGGAAAAGAGGCAUGGAUGGACCACCAGGCAUAAAGGGAGAGAAAGGAGACGCUGGUGCUCCAGGACUCCAGGGUGCUCCAGGAGUCUCUGAGAACAUUGACCUGUCUGAAAGAUUACAAAUUUUACAGGGCCCACCUGGUCCACCAGGGCCUCCUGGAGAGCAAGGAGUAAAGGGAGAGAUGGGCUCUCCUGGGAUUCCUGGAUCUGAAGGCAGACAGGGUUCAAAAGGAGAAAGGGGGGAUAGAGGAGAACAUGGAGUGACAGGAGAAAGAGGAGAGAGGGGUGAGAUGGGUCAGCCUGGGCCAGCGGGAGCUGGUGGGCAGAAAGGGGAGAAAGGAGACGCCGGAAUUGAGGACAAUCUGGCUCAGAUUAUUGCAUUGCCAGGUCCUCCAGGGCCUCCAGGACCACCUGGCCCUCAAGGAGUCAUGGGCCAUCAUGGAAUACCUGGCCAAAAGGGACAGCCAGGUGAAGCAGUGAAAGGUGAGAAGGGGGAUGUUGGAGAGAAAGGUCCACAAGGGCCACGGGGUCUUCAAGGUUAUCCUGGCUCUAAUGGAUUGGUGGGUCUACCAGGUGCAAAAGGUGAAAAGGGAAAACAAGGAGAGCCUGGAUUAGAUGGUUUCCCAGGCCUCCGAGGAGAGAAGGGUGAUAAAGGAGAACGAGGAGAAAAGGGUGAAAGAGGCUUAUUGGGGAAAAGGGGUCUAAAAGGAGAUAAAGGAGAGCAGGGGCCUCCAGGGCUGGAUCAGCCUUGUCCUGUGGACCGGGAUGGACUACCAAUACCUGGAUGCUGGCAUAAGGUUUGUACAUUAUGGCUUGGACUUUUUUUUUUUUUAAAUAUUAUGUUUUGUUUCAGAAUACUACAUUAAACUUUGCCCUCUUGUUCUCUUGCAGUGAUGACAAGCCAGAAGCUUUGGAGUCUGUACAUAUUUAGAUAUAUAUAUUUGAAACUAACAUUUUAACCCCCCCUUAAUUUUUUAUGAUCUAUUUAAUAUACUGAGAUUUGAUUUAAAAAUAUAUAUAUUUUUAACUCCAUGUGUACUUUCUAUAUUGCUGCUUUUUCUACAAAGAAAGGCUCUAAUUUGAAGGACUAAAGCAAAGAGAGUUGAUUUGAGAUCAACUGUGGAUUGCACAUGGACUUGUGGAAUGAGAGAGUACUCUGACGCUGGUCUUGACUACAGAAAAACCACCAGCGUUUGCAUAACACCAGCAUAAGCCCAAACCCAUGUAACAGACUGUGAAGCAUGACACGUGACUUCUGAACUGCACUGUUUUAAGCAGCCUUUGUUUGUCUGAAACUCUCAGUUGUCCAGUUUUUCACUUUCUUUGAAAGGAUCAAGUUUAUCAUCAGGAGAGAAGCGCAUGGUGUACAGUUGUUCAAAUGAGGGAACCGCUGAUGUGCUAGCGCAUGGGAUUGAACUCUAAAAAUGUAACUACAUGGGAUAUUGACUGUUGCGUGGAUGAUCCCACAGGAAGAACGACUCAUGUCAGAAGAAACCAAUCUGUUUUUGUUUGUUUUUAAUCUGAAUAAAAUCCAGAAAUUAAAGCAUGAUAACGUCAGAGUUUGCACUAAGAGAAGACGAGAAGUGGACAGGAUAUUCAGCGCAAAAGAAUUUCAGCUUUUCAAUUACUGAUCUUAAGGAACUGCUUGACAUUCUCAAUACUCUUUUUGAUUUAGUGUAAAUAAUAUGUAUAGUUAUUACCCUCCCUGUCUUCUAGUGAUCAGUGUUUAAUAAGAUUGUCCUAUUGAUAUGCAUCAUGAUGUGUUUUGUGUAUUCCUCUCAUCAGUCCUUUAAUACAUGUGUACAUUUUGUCAUGCAGUAGGCUUUCUUGUGUUAAUAGCAUGCUGUGUAAUAUUGUAAGAUUUUACAGCAGUGUUUCGUAUCAAUUCUGAUGUGUGGUUUAUAAUGAUUGGAUGUAUUUUUCAGCUUGGCAGAUGUGUUUUGAUUGUGUAGUUUGGUUGGUUACAAGAGCUCAAAAGGCUCUAAUAUUAAAACUUUAAGUAAUGUAAUUUCAUUAAAUUUCAUUAUUGUAUAAUGGGUUUGUUUAUAUGCCUUUUAACAGCAAUACUGACACUGACUACGUUUACAUGGACAGCAGUAAUCUAAUUAUUGACCUUACUCUGAUUAAGAUAAUAAUGUGAUUAAGGUGUUUACAUGAGUCGCUUUUAGAAUACUCCUGUCAUGUUCCCGUUUUACAUGUUAUAGAACAUAAUUAGACUAACAGCCCGCGUCAUUACGUCAUCGCGCCACA